UUGUGUUGUUUGUCUUAGAGGGUUUCAAACAGAAAAACACAGAGUGAGAGAGAGAGAGAGAGAGAGAGAGAAAAACAGUGGAGAAGAAAAGAAAGCUUUUGGACCCAAGAGUCAUUCAUACUCACAGUGUAGAUGAGAUAGUUCCAACUUCCAAGCUCAAUUUCUCACACCCAUGUCUCAUCUCUUUGAUUUGAUUCACCAAGGAUUUGGCUGAAGCUAUCUGGACAUGUGCUGUUACUUUUUUUAGAGCAUGUUUGUGUUUUGGUUAUUUUGUCCAUAUUCUAGUUAAAUAAUGAAUGUGUCCAAGAAAGGAUUCCAAAUGGAUGCAAAGCUAUUCAGCCCAAACAAGGCAACUAGUCUGAAUCCAAAUGCAGCAGAGUUUAUUCCUUUUGCCCUCAGAUCACCAUCAUCUGGAACUACCAGCUCGGCAGAUGCAACAGCAAAGCUUACUACUUUUGGAGCUCAUGGGAAAUCAGUUUUAGGCAGAUCAGAAUCAUCCAAUUCAAAUAACUCUGAUGAUGAGGUGCACCAGUACUGGCGAUGUCAGCUCCCUGAUGAUAUAACCCCUGAUUUUGAGGUCAUGGGAGAAGAUGAGUCUCAAGGUGUUAAUGACCUUUCUUUGAUAGGUUUGUCCAUACAUGAUGACAAUGAAACCUCAACGUUUCCUUCUUCAAUAGGAAAUCGAUAUAAAAUAAAUGAGCAGGAGGAAUUAUCUCAACAGCAUUUUAAUGGCAACAACUUUGCUGAUAAAUUCAAGCUCUCCAAUUCAAGCUACAGUGAGGACCCGUCUUCUGCCAGCUUUUUGAACACUUUGGCAAAGCCUUGGGAUAGGCCAAUUGGGAGUGUCAACCAGCAUAUUAGCAGUGGUCUAGAGGGGCUUAAUUCUGAUGACAACUCUAGACAUGGAUUCUUAGAUGAUGUUUUGGCUGAGAAUGCAAUUGUGGAUGACACUAAUUUGAAUCCUUUGGAAUUUCUAGCUUCUCUGUUUCCUGGUUUUGCUGCAGAAAGUCUUGCAGAAGUUUACUUUGCCAAUGGAUGCAAUCUGCAUUUGACCAGUGAGAUGCUCACUCAGGUAGAGCUUCAAGAUGAUGGCAGUUUCAAUCAGAAUCCGAAUUCCAAGACUCUUUCAGCUCCCAAUCUCAGUGCAAUGGACUUCCCUGCACUUGCUUCAUCAGAUGGCCAGACUGCUUCUACAAAAUAUGGCGUAGAUAAUGUCUAUCGAAGUGGAAAUCCUUACCGAUCAUCUGACAAUGACAUGUUGUUUUUCAAAUCAAGGUCUUCAGUUCCAUCUAGAGGUGCUAUUGACUUUGCUGCAGCUUCUAGGAAGUUGGCUUCUCAGGAUUCUGGUGUUUGGAAGUAUGACAGAAAUGGCUUUGGUGAUACUGCUAUUGGCUCGACUAGGAGUUCAAAUGUUCUGGCUAGUGGCUUCACUAGUGGACAGGGGAGAGUCAACUCUGGCGAUCGGUUACAGAAGCGUGGGUCAGCUCGGGAAGCUGCUGUUUGGUUGGAAACUGGUGAUUUAGUUGCUAAUAUGCAUUCAGAGCUACGGGAAGAGGCUUGUGAUCAUGCACGCUUACGCAAUGCAUAUUUUGAACAGGCACAACAAGCCUAUCUUAUUGGCAAUAAAGCCCUAGCGAAAGAAUUAAGUGUUAAAGGGCAACUGCAUGACAUGCAUAUGGAAGCAGCUCAUGGAAAAGCUCAGGAAUCUAUUUACCACCAGAGAAAUCCAGUUGCUCCAGAGAUGCGGGGCAAUGGAAGGGGGCAUGAGAGGAUAAUAGACCUACAUGGGUUGCACGCUAGUGAAGCCAUUCAUCUGCUGAAACAUGAAUUGAGUGUGCUAAAAAGCACCGCCAUGGCUGCUGGGCAGCGUUUGCAGGCUUACAUUUGCGUAGAUACAGAUCAUCAUACCUGGGCUUCCCACACUCCUGCUAAACUUCCAUUAAUUGUACAGCGUUUUCUGCUUGAAGAGGGCCUUGAGUUCACGGUACCUCAGUCAGGCCUACUUUGUGUUAAGAAGAUGCAUUUGCCAUUUCAACCCACCUCCAUUCUCAAUCAACUCACACCUUCACUCUCACACUCACACCCUCUCCCUCUUGCUCAAUGCUUCACCAUCCUCCGCGACGCCAUUGCCGCCUCCGACUUACUCCUCGGAAAGCGAGCUCAUGCCCGCAUUCUAACCUCCGGCCACUACCCCGAUCGUUUUCUAACCAACAACCUCAUCACCAUGUACGCCAAAUGCGGCUCUCUUUCCUCAGCACGCCAACUGUUUGACACAACGCCUGAACAUGACAGGGACCUAGUCACCUGGAACUCCAUUCUCGCUGCUUAUGCCCGCGCCGGAGAACUCGACGGGGAGAAAACUCAAGAGGGUUUUCGCCUCUUCCGCCUUCUCCGUCAAUCCGUGGAGCUCACCACCCGUCAUACCUUGGCCCCUCUCUUCAAGAUGUGUCUCCUCUCUGGUUCUCCAUCAGCUUCUGAGACGCUGCACGGUUACGCUGUGAAGAUUGGGCUGCAAUGGGAUGUGUUUGUGGCUGGGGCUUUGGUGAAUAUCUAUGCCAAGUUUCGACGAAUCAGAGAUGCCCGUGUCCUGUUUGAUAGGAUGCCUCUGAGGGAUGUGGUGCUCUGGAACGUGAUGUUGAAGGCCUAUGUGGAAAUGGGUUUUGGGGAUGAAGCUUUGCGCCUGUUCUCUGCGUUUCACCGGAGUGGGCUGCGUCCUGAUGGCAUUAGUGUCCGAACUCUUCUAAUGGGGUUUGGUCAAAAAACUGUUUUUGAUAAGCAGUUGAAUCAGGUUCGAGCUUAUGCCAGUAAGUUGUUUCUUUGUGAUGAUGAGUCGGAUGUCAUUGUGUGGAACAAGACCUUGUCUCAAUAUCUCCAAGCAGGAGAACCUUGGGAAGCUGUUGAUUGUUUUAAAGACAUGGUCAAAUCACGUGUCCCAUAUGACAGCUUGACUUUAGUUGUGAUAAUGUCUGCGGUUGCGAGUGUGAACCAUCUUGAACUGGGAAAGCAGAUUCACGGCGUUGUUGUGAGAUUAGGGAUGGAUCAGGUUGUCUCCCUUGCAAAUAGCAUUAUCAAUAUGUAUGUUAAGGCUGGUUCUGUUAAUUAUGCAAGGAUAGUGUUCAGUCAAAUGAAAGAAGCAGAUUUAAUAUCGUGGAACACUGUGAUAUCUGGUUGUGCACUUAGUGGUUUGGAGGAGUUGUCCACUAGCUUGUUCAUUGAUUUAUUACGCACUGGCCUAUUGCCAGAUCAAUUCACCAUUGCGAGUGUUUUGAGGGCUUGCUCCUCUCUUAGAGAAAGCUACUAUCUUGCGAGGCAGAUUCAUACUUGUGCAUUAAAAGCUGGUAUUGUCUUGGAUUCAUUUGUUUCAACUGCUCUAAUUGAUGUCUAUUCUAAGAGUGGAAAGAUGGAGGAAGCAGGGCUUCUUUUUCAUAGCCAAGAUGGAUUUGAUUUGGCAUCUUGGAAUGCUAUGAUGCAUGGGUACAUAGUGAGUUAUAACUAUCGCGAAGCCUUGAGGCUCUUCAGUCUAAUGUAUAAAAGUGGGGAGAGAGUAGAUCAGAUCACUUUGGCGAAUGCAGCCAAAGCCGCCGGAUGCUUGGUGGGGCAUGGGCAAGGGAAGCAAAUUCAUGCUGUCGUUAUAAAAAGGAGGUUUGUUUUAGAUUUGUUUGUAAUUAGUGGUAUUCUGGACAUGUAUCUGAAAUGUGGAGAGAUGGAAAGUGCACGCAAAGUUUUCAGUGGGAUCCCUUGGCCAGAUGAUGUGGCAUGGACCACUAUGAUUUCAGGUUGUGUGGAAAAUGGGGAGGGGGAGCAUGCUCUUUCUACAUACCAUCAAAUGAGACAUGCUGGGGUACAACCUGAUGAGUAUACCUUUGCUACCCUAGUCAAGGCUAGCUCUCUUUUAACAGCUUUGGAACAGGGGAAACAGAUUCAUGCAAAUGUCAUAAAGUUGAACUGUGCUUUUGAUCCUUUUGUCAUGACCUCACUUGUUGACAUGUAUGCCAAGUGUGGGAACAUAGAAGAUGCAUAUGGUUUGUUUAAGAGAAUGGACACAAGGACUAUUGCCUUGUGGAAUGCUAUGAUAAUAGGGUUAGCUCAAUAUGGGAAUGCUGAAGAAGCCCUCUACUUUUUCAAAGAUAUGAAAUCUAAGGGUGUUACCCCAGAUAGAGUUACUUUUAUAGGGGUCCUUUCAGCGUGUAGUCAUUCUGGUUUGAUAUCUGAAGCCUAUGAAAAUUUUUAUUCUAUGCAGAAAGACUAUGGAAUUGAACCUGAGAUUGAGCACUAUUCUUGUCUUGUGGAUGCCCUUAGUCGUGCGGGUUGCAUACAAGAAGCUGAAAAGGUGGUAUCAUCAAUGCCUUUUGAAGGUUCUGCUUCAAUGUAUAGAACUUUGCUCAAUGCUUGUAGGGUUCAGGGAGACCAAGAGACUGGAAAACGCGUAGCAGAAAAGCUUUUUACCUUGGAGCCAUCUGAUUCUGCGGCUUAUGUUCUUUUAUCCAAUAUUUAUGCAGCUGCUAACCAAUGGGAAAAUGUGGUGAGUGCUAGAAAUAUGAUGAAAAGGGUAAAUGUAAAGAAGGAUCCAGGAUUUAGUUGGGUAGAUAUCAAGAACAAGGUGCAUUUAUUUGUAGCUGGAGAUACAUCGCAUGAAGAAACUGAUUCAAUAUAUAAAAAGGUGGAAUGUGUUAUGAAAAGGAUCAGGGAAGAAGGAUAUGUCCCUGAUACAGACUUUACACUUGCUGAUAUAGAAGAAGAAGAUAAAGAAAGUGCUUUGUACUAUCAUAGUGAGAAGUUAGCAAUAGCUUACGGGCUCCUAAAAACUCCCCCAUCCACCACAUUAAGGAUAAUUAAAAACCUUAGAGUAUGUGGAGAUUGCCAUAACGCAAUCAAAUAUAUAUCGAAGGUUUUUCAGCGAGAGAUCGUUUUGAGAGAUGCAAAUCGAUUUCAUCGUUUCAGGAGUGGGAGCUGCUCUUGUGGUGAUUACUGGUGACGAUCAAAUAUUUCCCUUCAUAAUACCCUAUUGUUUAGGUUGGCUUCCUGCGGAUAUGUGGUGUUUGGUCCAAGGCAGCACUUAUUAUCUCUGAAGGGACAGAAAUGAAACCUGGAACCAAGGAUGUGUUGGCUAUAAUGAUGAUGGAAGCUUGUUGAUGAGGAUGAAUGAAUUAUCUUGAAGAAUAAGGCAGAUUAUUUCUGUCAUUGGUUUGUGAAUGAAAAGGAUUAUGCAAUGUGUGCUUUAUGAUUUGGUGCACAAAAACAGAUCCGGGAAGAAGAAAGUAAGGGAUUGGAAUUAUUGGUGGCUAGUGGGAAAACAUUGAGCCUGGAUUAACCUCGUGGAGGUACAAAAAUGUUUGAAGGUGAUUUUAGUGACUGACUUAGCAUGUUUGGUUAUGUGGUAGUCACAAAAUCCUAUGUGAGUUCAAGAGAAUAGUGUGUUUGGUUCUAUGGUGAAAAGUCCUAUAAUUACUUUUGCGAAAAAGCUACAAGAUGUAGCUUAUGAAGUUUCCCUUCCUUUAUUUAUUUAUUUAUUUAUUAUUAUUAUUAUUAUUAUUUGCUAAUUGGGAAAGUUUCCCUUCUUUUAUGUAUGCUAGAAGUUGACUUAUAAAAUUAAGUGACCCAACCUUAUUCU